UGUACAUGAUUGAAGGGUCGGACUCUCUCAGUAUCAGCAACUCCGCCUUCAGCCUUUUUCUACCUUGGUCGUCGCCUUCUCCCUGUUCACCAUCUCCCACCAAAGGUCGCUGCCAUUAUGGAAGACUUUGGCAGCGAGUCGGAUAGUGAUUACACUAGCUAUUGGAGGGAUUGGUUCAUCGGCUCCAAAGGCAACGAAUACUUUUGCGAAAUCGAUGAGGACUACCUGACGGAUCGAUUCAACCUCACGGGCCUCAACACCGAGGUCUCCUAUUAUCAAUAUGCUCUCGACCUCAUCACUGACGUCUUCGAUCUCGACUGCGACGAUGACAUGCGCGAGACGAUAGAGAAGUCGGCACGGCAUCUAUACGGGCUGGUCCACGCGCGGUAUAUUGUCACGACGAGGGGGUUGAGCAAAAUGCUGGAAAAAUACAAAAAGGGCGACUUUGGCAAAUGCCCCCGCGUCCACUGCGGCUCGCACCCGUUGCUGCCGAUGGGCAUGUGCGACAUACCCAGCUCUAAGCCGGUCAAGCUCUACUGCGCACGGUGCGAGGACAUAUACAACCCAAAGUCGUCGCGGCACGCCGGCAUUGACGGCGCCUACUUUGGCACGUCGUUCCACAACAUCCUCUUCCAGGUCUACCCGGCCCUGAUGCCCGUCAAGUCGGCCGAGCGCUACGUCCCGCGCUGCUUUGGCUUCCGCGUCCACGCGGCCGCUUCCCUGGUGCGGUGGCAGAGCGGAAGGCGCGAAGACAUGAGGCGGCGGCUGCGCAAGAUGGAGGUCGAGAGCGGCUUCAAGGACGGGGCGGACGAGAUUGAGGACGACGAGGAAGAAGAUGAGGAGGAAGAUGACGAGGACGGCAUGAAGCAGGAGGGCAUGGCGGUCGGCCUGGUGGACUCUGCUACGGUACCUGGGGAUAGCAUGAUGCAAGGUGUCUGAGGGUAUUAAGAUAAUUUUAUGUUUUCAACCUUUUUUUACCUUUAUUAGUUCCUUUUCUUUUUCUUUUCUUUUUCAUCUCUAUUAUCCUAACAUGGGAAAGGAGUUCCAAAGCCGAUGAAAAGCACCCUUGGGCAAGGGGUUUGAAAGUUCAAAGAAUGAGCCGAAACGAAUUUUCAUAAUGGUCAAAUCAAGGAUUUCAAAGGGGGGUUGGCGUGGUCGCAAAGGGAAAAAACAUUGUCACAGCUAUUGAUCGAUACCCCGGUUUAGGGAGGCGUUAUCAUUUAUUUUAUUUUCUUUUCUUGUUUUUUUAGAAACAAAAAAGAAAAUAAAGAGAAAAAAUCCAGGUUGUUAACUUGGUUCAUCUUUUUUAUUUUCUUUUUUCUCUACUGAACAAAAGCACGGAGAAACGUUCCCC